CGGCGGCAGGGCGAGCGAGACCUGGAGCUGCGUGAGAUGGAGCUGCCCGAUGUCCACGUCCGCGACCUGGCCAGCAUCGGCCAUCGCUUCUUGCCCAGCGAGCCCAGCAAGUGGAACGUGGAGGACGUCUAUGAGUUCAUCCGCUCGCUGCCAGGCUGCCAGGAGAUCGCGGAGGAGUUCCGGGCGCAGGAGAUCGACGGGCAGGCGCUGCUGCUGCUGAAGGAGGAUCACCUGAUGAGCACCAUGAACAUCAAACUGGGGCCCGCCCUCAAGAUCUACGCCCGCAUCAGCAUGCUCAAGGACUCCUAGAGCCGGUGGGGUGGGGAUGUGGGGGGGGACAUGGCACCCA